AUGGAAGACACCUCCUUCAAUCGAGGUUCCUUUGGGCAGAUUUAUCACGGAACGUACAUGAACGCCCCGGUUGUCGUCAAGUGCGUCGAUAUCUCGUCAGAGACCACCCAAAGAGAUUUUAUGCGGGAAGUGAGCGUCUGGCAAAAGGCGAACCGCCACCCCAACAUUGUACCGCUCUAUGGAGCGUGCGAUGUCGGUGAGCCGUGUUUCAUGGUGUGCAAACACAUCGCCGGGGGUUCCCUGUCUGUAUACCUGAGGCGACAGAAGGGAGAUCGUCAGUCUAAAGCCUGGCGUGUGCUGCUAGAUGUGACGCAUGGGCUUCAGUUCUUGCACAGUCGAGGCAUCAUUCAUGGCGAUCUCAAAGGCAGCAACGUUCUGGUCGAUGGUGACACUGCAAUGCUCACGGACUUUGGCAUGAGUUGCGUUGGAACAGGGUCGAAACCUCAAUUCGAUAAUCUGGGGGCGAUUCGGUGGCGUGCUCCAGAGUUCGUGGCGAAAGGUAAAAGUUCAUUCGAGGCAGACGUGUAUUCGCUCGGAAUGGUCGUUGUAGUGGCCGUAGUGGGCAUAUUACCGUGGGGAAUGGCGCCUGAGGCAUCCGUGCAGUGGCAUCUGGAACAUGGCAAGUUCAUGAAGAAGCCAGAGGUGAUGUCCGACGAGAUGUGGGGGCUGGUGUGUGCCGUGUGCAACUUCGAUCCGUCAAAGCGGUUGAAGCUUGAGGACGUGGAGAAGCAAAUUAAGAAGUUUGCGGGGGAAGAAGAGGACGCUUUCAGGUUACGAGGCUCGGCGCCAUUACCUACUUCGAAGUCUUCACCUGUAGCUGCUCCUACAGCGUAG